GACAGGCGAUUCUGCUUCCUUUUAUACCCGUUCCCUUUCUUCUUCUUGGUCCCCUUGACAGCCUCAUCCUGCAAGUUAUUGGAAGGCCGGAUGACAGUCCCACCCAGUAUAGCUUGCAACACGGGUCCACGGACCGUCGACCGAAAUGAACAUGCGUCUGUUGACACUGAAAGCGUUUCAUGAGGAAGAAAGCGAGCAAGCGUCAGGGUUUCGCAUUUCCCCCCCUCCCCCCCGCCCAAAGGGACCACGAUUGUUGGAGUCGGAGAAUCUGCCGAACCGACUCCGUUUCAUUUCUGGAGACAUCUUAGAGUCAGAUGGUCAACGGUUACAUUCGCUUCUGUGGAUGUGGUUCUUCAUCUCCUUGACUGAAAGGGAAAUUCCUGAUCUUGUGCGGUAUAGCCAGAGGAUUUUUCAUGCAAAGAGAGGCACUGACGUACGAGUAGUUCUAUUUCUCAAUAUUCUGGUCUUGGUUCCCUUUUGAAUGGCUAGAUUAUGGCGAUAAUGAGGAGGAUGGCCGCUGAAACGACCGUGCUUCUCUCAAUCUAGUUACCAGCAUUUGACUACAAGACUAGGUAAUCACUAACUACAAUAGUCUAUCCACAAGUCAGUUAUUAAAAUCUAUACCAUGC